AUGCGUCCGAAUUGCGGAGCUCUUAAUUAUAAAAGACGGUACAACGCUUGCUAUCUUUAUUCGUCAGAAGAAAACGAAGGAGACAGCAGUAAAGAGAGUUGCGUAGAGGUCAAGGCAUCAGACAUUGUAAUUAUACAGAAACCUCCGACUUGUGCGAACUGUGACCAAGACGACAUGACAUGUAUACCUAGUGAACAAACGUGUAAACAUACGGAAUGUCUGCAAAAUGAACCUCCGACGAAUGGAAAGAUUUUAGGGAACAUGAAGAGUAUUGGUGACCGCAUACAAUAUGAAUGCAAUUUCGGGUACAAGAUGGUCAAUGGAAUGAAAUAUGCUGUUUGCCUGCCCAAUGGAAACUGGAAUGUGACGACUGUCGACAAAUGCACAAAAAUUGAUGAGACCAGUGUUGCCCUAAGAAAAACAACGACCAUGUCAGGUGUAUGGUACAAUUACAGCGGAGAAAAAGGCGUGGACGGCAAUACUAACCAACGCUUCAGUGGACGGUCAUGUUUUGUCACAAGUACAGUUAACCGUCCUUGGUGGCGGGUCGAUCUUGGAGCCAUAUUUGGUAUCGUCCGUGUAGAAUUAUAUAACCGUUUGGACUAUUUAAAGUGGAUGACAAAGAAUUUGACAUUAUCCAUUGGUACAUCACUGCAGUCUAUGGUCGUUGUUGGCAGUGUGCCAGGUCAGAUAGAUGACAUUCAUACCUUCAAUUUUACUCCGGCUCGGGCUAUAGAGGCGAGAUAUGUUCAAGUUGAUCUUAAAGGAAUGGGAACCCUUUCUCUUUGCGAAGUGGAAGUGUUUGGAUUUCCAAGUAAGAAUUUAACCCAAAUAUAUAUUUGA